AGCAAAAAAACACCGAGGGCCAUCACUUGAAAUUUGCAAAAAAGCUAACACUGACUACCAUUAAACAAAACCGCUAACACUUUAAAAUCUUGCGAAGCGCGACUUGUUUCUCCGAACAACCAAAUUAAGUUCAUCAAUGGCGGCAAUUAUCACCAGAUUCCUCAAAAACACUUCCACAAUCCGAAGUCGUUUAAGCAUCAGAACUCUAAGUAAUGUCCCCGAAAGCACCGUAUACGGCGGACCGAAACCUCAAAUUCCCGACCAAAGGGUUACAUUAUCUAACCUAAAUCAGAAAUUUAAGAAACGAAUUCCUAUAACAAUGGUUACUGCUUAUGAUUACCCUUCGGCCGUGCAUGUUGACACGGCCGGAAUUGAUAUUUGCCUUGUUGGGGAUUCAGCCGCCAUGGUUGUUCAUGGGCAUGAUACAACAUUACCCAUUAGUCUUGAUGAAAUGAUUGUUCAUUGUCGUGCGGUGGCUCGUGGAGCUACUCGCCCUCUUCUUGUUGUUGAUCUUCCUUUUGGUACUUAUGAGUCUUCUACUCAACAGGCUGUUGAUUCAUCUGUCAGAAUUUUGAAAGAGGGAGGAAUGGAUGCAAUAAAAUUGGAAGGAGCAUCACCUGCGAGAGUUGCAGCAGCAAAAGCAAUUGUUGAAGCUGGAAUCGCUGUAAUGGGGCAUGUAGGAUUAACACCACAGGCAAUCAGUGUUCUUGGAGGAUUUAAACCUCAAGGAAGAAACAUUUCAAGUGCUAUUAAGGUAGUGGAAACUGCACUUGCUUUGCAAGAAGUAGGAUGUUUUGCUGUUGUUUUGGAAUGUGUUCCACCGCCUGUGGCUGCUGCAGCCACAUCUGUGUUGCAAAUACCUACCAUCGGUAUCGGAGCAGGACCUUUCUGUAGUGGACAGGUGUUGGUGUAUCAUGAUCUACUGGGAAUGUUGCAACAUCCUCACCAUGCAAAGGUUACUCCUAAAUUCUGCAAACAAUACGCGCAAGUAGGAACUGUUAUUGAUAAAGCUCUUUUGGAGUACAAGGAAGAAGUGACGACAGGUACAUUCCCAGGAACUACACACAGCCCAUAUAAAAUAAGUAAGUCGGAUGUCAAUGGUUUCUUAGACGAAUUAAAGCAUAUGGGAUUGGAUAACGCUGCCUCCGCUGCAGCUGAAGCUGUCGAAAAAAUGGAGAAAACCUAAACGAGCUGAUAUCGAUAAGCUUUUGAAUUUAUAUGUUUUUUUCACGACCCAACUGACGAGUUUUCCUUGUUUUUUCGAUAUUCAAAGAGAUAUUAGAGAUUUAGGGCAUGCUUGGAUUAGGUGUAAAUAUUUAAAGGGGGAAAUAAAGUCAAAAUAAUGAAAUGAAAGCAAAUAGAGAUGCAUUUGAAGUAGUUGAGAUAAUUGUCAUGGUAAAAUGAACAUGGAAUAAAAAUAAUGAAGGAAAAGGAAGAUAAGUUCCCCUAUUAUGAAGGUAGUACAUUCCCCUACCCUCCCCUAGGAUAAAUAUUUACCCCCACGAAAUUGAGAGCUCUCUUUAUUUUUCAUCACUUUGCAAUUCUUCCGUCUCUACAACAAUCAAAUUUCACUAAUUUCUCAUUUAUCAACUUUAUUUUCUUAUUUUGACUUUUUUUCACCCUUAAAUAUUUACAUCCAAUCCAAGUAUGCCCUGAAGGGAGAGAUUUCGACUAAUACGACUUGUUGUAGCUUAAUAUAUGCAAUUUGCACACCCGUAGCACUUUAGCUUUCAAGCCUUUCAUCCAGAAGCCGAGGAUUUUUGUUGUGUUUGUCAUUUUUGUAACUCGCGGUUGAGUUUUUUAAUUGUGAUGAUCGACAUUCAAAUGAUAGAUAAUAGAUUAUGGUAAUAUUUAGGAUAGUUCUGGAUAUGUGCAAGAUGUUCAAUUGCACCUUCGUUCAAACUUAAGGAGCUUUCAAUAGUUUACAUGACUCUAUCUUUAGUUAAUUACUUACUUAAUCUAAUUUGUUGAUGGAAUUAUCAAAUAUCACUUGUAUAAUGAGGACAUUACUUUUCCACAAUGCAUAUCUUUGAAGUAGUGUA